ACCUCUCGCGAUAUUGGACCAAGAGCUUUGGCACAGUUAGUGCACGCCACUUGUCGCCACCGCCCGGCAUAUCAGCGCAGAUCACAAUAUAUCCAUCCGAACUGUGAUAUUUACAUUUUUUUCAUUUUUACACGGCGCCAACGCAAAAAAUGUACCUGUAUCGCUCGACAUAACAUAUGAAAGAAUAUUGUGAACGAAAAGUGAAAGAAAAUUUAAAAAAAACGAUGGCUGAAGGACCAAGAUUGUCUGUUCUACUAAUCGUGUUCCUCGUUUUCAACUCGGCAUAUUCCGAAAAUAUACAAAAAUGCGAGAAUACGCCUAUGAAACAAAUCAUUUGUGAGUUUGGAACCGCCAAAGACAUACCUAACUUUGACAGUUGUCUGUGUACACACAUCGCAGUCCCGGUCAGCUUAGAAUCGGAAAAAGACGAUGAAACUUCGGACUUUACGCCGACGAUAAAAUCGUACAAACAAACCAAUGGCGAUCUCAAGUCGUUGGCUGCUAUUUCCAUGUACGCGGAAGACGUUGCAAAGAAGACAAACCAGAUUUGCAGCGAAAUCAUCAGUGUGUUGACUCACUACGAUGGCGUACAAUUGGAUCUAAGGCAAUCUGACGUGUCCGUAGAUAAAUCACUCGUUGUGCAUUUCUUCAAGGUACUAUCGUCAGAAAUUGAAGAUAAAUUCAAAAUAGAGUCAGCAAAUAACUCUUUAAAUAUAUUUAAAAAUUCAAAAGAAAUCCAAUUGGUGCUUCCUCCAAAUGCUGCCAUAUUAACGAAAUUUUAUGAUCUCAAAAAACUUACCAAGUAUGUGAAUUUCUUUAUAAUUGCAACACAUAAUCUUGUAGACAAUUCUGCAGAACAAGGUUAUUCCUACCACCCCAGUCGUCUUAUGGGAGCCGACGAUUUACUGAAUGCUGAUUCCUUAAUUGAUCUUGUAAUUGGACUUGGUGUUGACCAUUCAUCUAUACUUUUAUCAUUGCCUUCUACUGCAAUUCAAUUUGAGCUCAAGGAUCCCACCCAAAACACUCCUCGGUCACCAGUAACUGGAUUACCAACAACAAUUACACGCCAAAAAAUGUGUGAAGAAAUGAAAGAAGGUAAUUGGACCAUCGAAAGAGAUGAAGAUUUAACAGCACCAUAUGCAUUCAUGAAUAAAACAUGGAUGUCAUUUGAUGAUAGUGUUAGCGUUUCAAUUAAAGGAAAAUACAUAUUGUUACGAGAUUUAGCUGGAGCAGUUAUUACUGACGUCGAAGCGUUGGAUUGGAAACUGACAUGCUUAAACCAAACUGCAGUAGAACCUUUAAAAGAGCUUACAAAAACGUUUACUGAAACUGCAAGAAAAUCUAGAUCAGCUCAAUUAUUAAGUUUACAAGAACAAUUACAACGGCCGGCUGAUCAAGGAUUCUAUUUUAACAAUGAAAUUAGUUAUUCACCAUAUUACAUCGAAAGGGUGGUUACCAGGGACGGCGAAGUUCACGCAAUUCGAAAAGAUACAAAAACCGAAUUUGAAUGUUCACGUCAAGGGUACUUUAGACAUCCAAGUGGUUGUAAUCGAUUCUAUCGUUGUGUAAAAUUCGAUCAAAAAUCAAACUAUUUUACGGUCUACGAAUAUGAUUGUCCUGAUGGUUUGGCAUUUGAUGAAAAAGUUGAGGUAUGCGUAUGGCCAGGAUCUUUAUCAAAUACAGGAGCUUGUCAAGGUUCAAGUGAAAUAGCUCCAGUUCCAAGGAAUCAAUUUGUCUGUCCCCCGAUAGAAGGUUACUACGCUGAUCCUGAAAACUGUCGGUGGUUUUUCGCUUGUCUUGAUCAUACUAAAGAUGGUUAUACUCCACUUACAGCAUAUGAAUUCAGAUGUCCAUUUGGAUUAGUGUUUGACGAAAAAACAUUAAAAUGUGACUGGCAAUGGAAAGUGGGAUCUUGUGGAACCUCCGGAAAGUCAUAUCAUAACUACGGAGAACAAUCUUACCAAACAAACCAAUUCAAUACAUACUACGAAAAAGAGCCGUCUGUUCCUUAUUACGGAAAAUAUAAUCAAGAUCAACCUCAAUUUUCGUUUGAUCACAGUGAUUCUUAUAUUGCUCCGAGUAAAUUAAAUUUCCCAUAUUCUACAACUACUAAACCUUAUUUAUCAUAUGGAUCUACAGAAAAUUAUGUUACACCAAAUGCACCUCAAUUCUUAUACAGUUCAGCUCAAUCGUACGCAUCACCAAGUGGUAGUCCUCAAAUUUCAUAUGGUUCACCAGAUACCUAUGUUGACCAUAAUCAACAUCAGUCUUUAUAUGGAUUAACAGGAACUUACGCUUCGACAAAAAGUCCUGAAUUCUCAUAUGGAUCUACGGAAUCAUAUGCCACUACAAGUAAACCACAAUUAUUUUACAGUCAAAAUGAAGGUUACUCCGGCACAAACAAACCUCAAUACUUCUAUGAACCUUCAGAAUCUCAUUCUACUACAAGCAAACCUCAAUUAUUUUACGGAUCUUCAGAAUCGUACACUACAACACGCCAACCUCAAUUCUCGUUUGGUCCUUCAGAAUCGUAUUCUACCACAAGCAAACCUCAAUUCUUGUAUGGAUCUUCAGAAUCGUAUUCUACCACUAGCAAGCCUCAAUAUUUGUAUGGAUCUUCAGAAUCUUAUUCUACUACGAUCAAACCACAAUUCCCAUACAUCAAAACAGAUGCUUAUGUAACACCAAAUCAUUAUAGUAAAUUACCAAACUUCGAUUUGAAUAAUUAUAGAAAUUUAGGAAUACUUUAUCAUCAACAACACGAUUCUGAAAUUGAACCACAACACCAUGCUGGAACUCUUCUUCACCAACAAAAUAAUUUUGAAAGUAUACCAGUUAAUAAAAACUACGACUCUCAUAAAAAUGAUGUACAAUAUCCACCACUAAAAGAUUUUGAAACAUAUUCUACAACUCAAGGACCUUUAAACAAAAUACCCAGUGCUAGAUUCUCCUCAGAAAGUUAUUCGUCGUCUAAUGUCUAUUCAAACCCAUCAAUACCCUAUGAAAAUAAUGAAUUCAAAAAUUCUUAUACUAUUUUGGGAGGACCAAAUGGAUACGAUUCUCACAAAGUUAAUGAACAUUAUCAGCCUUCAUAUAAUUUUGAAACAUAUUCAACAACUCUUAAACCCAUCGCUAAAUUGCCUGAGAUACCAAAUUACUCAGAAUCAAAUAUUUAUCUGAAGCCUACUUCUAAACCAUUUGAAGAUUAUUUACAUGAAAUUUCUCAUUCAACAUCAAAUGAAGAAUCAAAAUUACAAUAUUCUACUACUGGUUCACCUUAUUUAUCUUCGUCUCCAAGUAUUGACUUUAACGAUUACCAUAUUUCUUCUUCUACACAAAAACCCACAUUACAUGACACCAGCUUACAUAAAGAACAGUUCAAGGCUCAAUUUAAUUUUGAUGAUUAUCUAUCAAGGCUUUCCAGUCACCAAUAUCCAUCUACUACUUCUUCUGUGGUUGACUAUACACCGUCUAUUCAUGGAAAUAGCUAUGAUAAUAGCUUUGCACAAACUUUAUCUACAUAUUCAUCCACCACUCCAAAACCCUCUGUAUUUUACUAUAGCUCACCGUCGCCAAUAUCAAAUACAUUUAAAGAUACAUCUAAUUUCCCAUUAUAUUCAACGUCACCAAAAGCGAAAGAAUACUCCGAGAGUUAUGGAUCUUCGUUAUCAUACCCCGUAACUACUGAAAAAUCCGUAGAUUAUAAUUCACCCAUUUCUUCAACUUAUGCUCCUCUAGUGUACAGUCCUUCAGUUACCCCAAGUUCAUACACACCUACAUUCAAACCAACUGUUGACUAUUACACUCCAUCGUCUACAGUUACAAAUGAUGAUUCUGUUUUUGUCGAAGAACUCAUUUCCAAACUGUCAAAAACUCCAAUUCCAAUUACAUAUUCAACUAGUACGCCUAAACCAAUAUACUCCAACUAUCCAUCACAACAAGCUGGAGAUUAUAUACCAAACGAUUCUUUCAAUAUUGACGAGUACAUAUCAAAAUUAUCUGAAUCUAUUGAAAAUUCUACACCAAAACCAAUAUACUCGAGCACUACUCAAAAACCUUAUGCCGUACCAUACAGUUCAAAUGACUAUUCAUCUCGCCCACUACCCACUUCAGUUUACUUAUCUCCAACUGAAGAGCCUAAGACAUUUGAUCAUGAGUCAUAUUCAGCACUUCCUAUUCAAUCAACUACGUGUAAACCUGAAGCUUCAAUAAAAAUAUCAUCCCCUAAAGUACCAUACAUUCCAUCGCUCGAAUCUGUUUUUAGUGUAAGACCUCCUGUGACAUACACACAAAGGCCAGAACCAUUGAUUGGCUAUUCUAGCACGGCGUCUGACUUAAUAAAUUACUAUCAUAAUAUUCACUCAUCUUUAGAUUCAGCUUAUCGUUCACCAUUACCUAGAUAUUAUGCUGCUCCGAUGGGAAAUUCACUCUACACGAAUAAUUACACUUUGCCCAGAGAAUAUGAGAAAGACGGUGGACAUCAUUUACAUGCAGCUUAUCCAGCGUACCCUAUGAGUCAUCCAAUAGUUGUGGAACAAGUUAGUCCAGAACUGAAUGCAGAGUUCGAACGUUACUAUACAGCUGGAAUAAGACAGAACUUGAAGAGCGAAGAAAACGGAAAAGUUCUCGUAGUUGGUGACAAUAGUCCUCUAAUUGUAAGUAAAUUGGGUGCUCAAUGUGACUGUGCGAAAAAGAAGAAACCAACAAUUGUAUCAACCACAACCAGGACAGUAAUCGAACACGACGAAGACGAUGACGAUGAAAAAACAUCGAGUGUAAAGGAAGUAGAAACGAAGACCAAAGUAGUAUUGGAAGAAGUAAAAAAACCAUCAAAUAAAAAGUUAUGUACCCGUGCAGGGUUAUUUAGAGAUCCGAAACAAUGUAAUAAAUUCUAUUCAUGUAAUUGGGACAAGUGGACCCAAAAGUAUGAACUUAGCGAGUUUAAAUGUCCAAUCCACCUCGCUUUUGACGAAAAUCUAAGCGCUUGUAACUGGCCGUCUAAAGGACCGGCGUGCUCACACGAUACGCUCAUUAAUUACUCCAAUUAAUUUUAUAUAAAAUCAAGAACAUU